AUAGCUUCUCAUUGGUCGUUGAGUGCAAAAAGAAAAAGAAAAAGAAAGCUUCACUACACUUGCCAUCCUUGUUUUGCUUACAUAUGGAGAGAGAGAGAGAGACACAGCAGAGAGAAACAAACAGUGAUUUAUGGUGGCAUUUGAUACAAUCUUGACUCUUCUUUAUCACCAUCUCAUCUGUUGAAGUAGUUCAAUUGUGAAAAUUCCAUAAAGGGUUUUCAAUUUUGUUCAUUUUUCUUUCUAAUACACAGUUCAAUUGGUCAACUUCUUCACUUUAGCAUGGAAACCAGUUCAUAUCUUUCCAACCCUUUUCUGGGUUUCAGAGAACUUGCUCAAAGUCUGAAGCUCUGGUGAAAUUCCAUUCAAUUUUUAGUGUUUUCUUGCUCCAUCAACUAGUUUGUGAACUUGGUAAUUUCCAAAUUUGUGUUUUAAGUUUUUGGCACAGAGCCUUGUCUUGUAAUUCCAAUCCUGCAUAGUUACUACUAGGAAAUGCUGCAUUCAACAAAAUCUGAGUCUGAUGUCACAAGCUUAGCUCCAUCAUCACCAUCAAGGUCCCCAAAGGUACCUGUAUACUAUGUGCAGAGCCCUUCUAGGGACUCUCAUGAUGGAGACAAGUCCUCAUCAAUGCAGGCCACUCCAAUCUACAACAACAGUCCCAUGGAGUCACCCUCACACCCCUCCUUUGGCCGCCACUCAAGGAACUCCUCCGCGAGUCGAUUCUCGGGGAUUUUCAGGUCCUCUUCGGGUAGAAAAGGCGGUAGGAAGCAGAGGAAUGACAAGGGAUGGCCAGAGUGUAAGGUGAUUAUGGAAGAAGGGGCUUAUGAUGAUUUUGAUAAGGGGCUCUCGCGGCGUGUGCAGGUCUGCAUUGCUCUCCUUAGCUUUGUGAUGUUGUUCACUAUCUUCUGCUUGAUCAUAUGGGGUGCAAGCAGGCCUUACAAUGCAACGGUUGUAGUCAAGAGCUUGGAAAUUAGCAACUUCUAUAUUGGUGAGGGUUCAGAUUUCAGUGGGGUUCCAACAAAGCUGUUGACAGUGAAUGGCUCAUUAAGAUUGAGUGUGCACAACUCUGCUUCAAUGUUUGGAAUUCAUGUUAGCUCCGCACCUAUCAUUCUCGCCUACUCAGAGAUUUCUGUGGCAACUGGCCAGUUGAAGAAAUAUUAUCAGCCAAGAAAGAGUCUCCGAACGGUAUCAGUGAACUUGCAAGGAACUAAGGUUCCUCUAUACGGGGCUGGAUCAAGUUUGACAUACACAAAGACUGGUGGGUUGGUUCCAAUUCCAUUGACCUUAAAGUUAGAAAUCCGGUCUCGAGCGUUUGUGGUAGGGAAGCUAGUGAAAACGAAGCAUCGAAGGCGAAUCUCGUGCCCUUUGGUUCUGGAUCCCACUGUUACCAAACCCAUCAAGUUCAAGAAGAGUUCAUGCACUUAUGAGUGAUGUCCUUUAGCAUUGAGGUGCAUACUUGCAGUAUCUGUUACUCGUUGCUUGUGAAAUUUCAUGGAGCUCAGAGUACUGCAAUUUGAGUUGAGUUGCUCAUUUUCGACAAGUUAAAAUCUUCGCUUUCUUUUAUGGCCUGAUUAAAAUCCCCACUUUGACAAUUCCCGGCACUGGUUUAGUUGUGAUCCUCUUUGAGGAUUGUGCAAAUGAAUGUAAAUAAGUUUGAAUUUGUGUUAUGCAUGUUGUAUUGUAUGAACGAUUUCAACGACAAUGACGUUUUGGAUGUGCAGCACAAUGUUCUGAGUCA